UAAAAACAUUUUUUUACCCUCCUACAUGUAUCCAACUCAAAAUUAGUUAGUGAAAAUGGGAUAUGAGUGCAUGUGCCUGUCUGUGGACAAUCAAUAAGCCUCUCUAGCUUCAGUCAGUGUUAUGGGCAGUGGCAGUUCUGAGGGGGGCCAACAGGGGCCAGUGCCCCCCCCCCCCAAAGGAGUCUGCAUCAAUAAUACAAUGACAGAUUUCUUGCAAUGAUUUUGUACUGAAGGGAAAGGCAGAAAUAAAGUGUCUCAUCAGUUUACUACCCAAUUAAAAUUGUUGAAAUUGUAAACACUGUUUUAGGUCCCAUUUAUCGCUUGUCUGUCUGAGGGAUUCGUCUUUUUUUUUCCCAGGCUGCAUCUGCCCCUCUCACAAAAAAGCUGGCCCCAACCUGGCCCCCGUGUUAAAACUGGUGUAGAACCGCCACUGGCUCUGAGAACAGCUUGUUUAUUCAAUUAUGGAAAAAAAAUUAUAUAUCUGAGUUUUAAUUUCCUCUCUAAAUUUCCUGUUAAUGUCUUAAGAGUCACUGCCAUCAAUUUUACCACCGUUACACUUUUAUUUUAUUUUAACUCGAUAAACUGUACGCUUUUAUUUUGAGGGUAGUAUCUACACUUCCGGUUUGCUGCUGUCUCACUUUAUGAUUAAUGUGCUUUUGGUGAUGUGACACUUUGUGGGCAGUGCACUACAUUACAUCAGCCAGGCAGCCUGAAUCCAAGUAUGGAGCACAUAAGAUCAACAUAAACAUUUAUUUUCUUCUCUUCUUUACAAGAAUGAUAAUAUUCUUUUGCUCACUGUGAGACACGUUAUAAGUAAAUUAACCUACAUUUGAUGACAAUAUCCAAAACAGAAGGCUUUAUAUGUCAUCAUGUGAGUGGACAGUACAAAUAUCAUAACAAAUGAUUAAUUGCACAGUAUUUUCUGUUCUUGAAGCACUUUUAAAUCAUGUGUUUGACAAGUUCCCUAUAAAUAAAGGUUAUCAUACAUUAUUGUUAAGCUAUUACUUGGUAGUCGCAUCACGAGGGCAUAAUCAGUCACUAUAGGAUUAUGAGGACAAUCUAAUAAAAGAGAUCUUAUAAGUGUAUAAUGGCUGUAGGCCUAAGUCACCAGAGAUCUCACAUCAGAGACCGGUUCUUCUGGAUGGGUUUAAAUGUUUCCAUUCGCAGCCUGUCUGCGCAUCACUUUCUAGGUUUACGAGCUGUUGGAGAGGGCGGACAUAAAAUGGCUCAAUCAUCAUGUUUAAUGCAGCGGUGGGAGGACACAGCAGCUGUCCGACAGCGCCACCAAGUGGUGUUUAACUCUGGUGAGGCUCUUUAGGGAUCCUCACUUCGCAAAAACUGCGGAGGCUCUGACAGCACGGCAGCGCCUCUUGUCCUCAGCAGGGAUCAGAAAGUUUUGAAAAUAGUUUGUCAAACCGGAUGUGAAGUUUAUCUGGACUAUAACUUUGUUUUUUCGUUGUUGGAUUGUAAGAUCUGAAGCAACCUGCUCAUAAAACGUAAUUUUUUCCCAUCCAGGAGUUUCAUCUCUGAGUUUCUAUCAUGCCUCUCAGCUGCUUUGUCGCUGUGUUAAUCUUGUACUUCUCAGCUGGUUCUGGUACCACAGUGUACGACACCUACAACGACUACACAGAAGAAGACAACACUCCUCAGCUGGACUAUAAAAACCCACACUGGUGUCACUCUCCGAGUCUGACCAACGGGGAGGUGACCUGUCACUCGCCUCGAGGCGGCGCCUACAGGAGCACCCUGGGCACCCGCUGUGAGAUGAGCUGUGAUCGAGGAUACCGACUGCUGGGCAGGAGUUCGAUCCAAUGCCUCGCCAGCCGACGCUGGUCCGGGACGGCUUUCUGCCGCAGGAUGCGUUGCCAUGUGCUGAACCUCAUUCCACACGGCAGAUACACCUGCACUCAAGGCUUCGUCGUGGACUCCAGAUGUGACUUCACCUGCAACCCCGGCUAUCGCAUCGAAGGGGAGCACUCGCGCACCUGUCAGCACGGGGGGUCGUGGAGCGGAGCACAGCCGGUUUGUGCAGAUACUGAUCCUCCGAAGAUCAAAUGCCCUCCGUCCAGACUGAAGGUCGCCGAGCCUGGAAAACUCACCGCUGUGGUCACCUGGGACCCUCCCGCAGUGAAAGACACGGCUGAUAAAUCGCUCGAUGUGAUAUUAGUCGGCCAGGAGCCUGGCACCGAAUUCAAAGAGGGAGCCAACAUCAUCAGAUACAAAGUGUACGAUCUGGCCAGGAACAGAGCUGCCUGCAAGUUCAUUGUACGUGUUGAGGUGAGAAGAUGUCCAGUUCUACCUGCACCUCUGUACGGCUACCUGACCUGCUCCUCUGAGGGGAACAACUACGGUGCAACGUGCGACUACCACUGUGAUGGAGGGUAUGAACUGAAAGGCGUAUCUAGCCGCGUCUGCACGUUCAGCCGCAACUGGGAAGGGAUGCCUGCUGAGUGCGUUCCGAUGGAGAUUAAAUCGGACGUGAAGACGGUCUCCGCUCUCCUGGAUCAGUUCUAUGAAAAGAGGAGGCUGCUGAUCAUGUCGGCGCCCAACAUAUCUGACUCGGACUACCAACUGCAGAACAUCAUGAUACAAAAAGCAGACUGCGGAUUAGACCUGCGACAUGUGACCCUGAUCGAGCUCCUGGGCUCCCCGCCUCGUGAGACGGGUCGCAUUAAAGAAAGUCUGCUGAACUCUGAAGUCAUCGAGGGUCUGAGACAAGUGUUCAGAAUCUCCAGGUCCUACUUCAGCAUGGUGCUGCUGGACAAGCUCGGAAUGGAUCGAGAGCGCUUCAUUACCCCGCUGGCGUCGGAAGAGCUGUUCUCCUACAUCGAUAGCUUCCUGCUGGACGAAGAGGAGCGAGAGAGGCUGGAGCUCCACAGAGACUUCUGUGACUAAUUUAAUAAACCGCUCCGGUUGCUACAGCGAUAAACUCAUCAGUAUUACUUACACAAGAUGAGGAAGGACAAACAACCAGAAAGCAGGUCCAGAGGGACAACAGGGAGGGGAAAAAAAAGGAGAACUCGGCAGUUCUCAUCAUGUUCAAAUGUGAUUUACAACACUGAAGUGCCGGCACUGUUUUUAUAUCAGAUCAUCACCAUGGAGGCCAGACAUUGGGAGUGGGAACCAGAUUUUCAUUCUUUUUUUAAACCAUAGAUAUUUUUUUAAAAAAGCCUGUUAAUCUAAUCUUUAAUGGGAACUCAAACUGAGCGAUCAUUUUCUAAUCCAGCUGGUAUUUGAAUGUAACACAGAGCUGAAGCAUUAACACACGUCUUUGGUUUUGUCAACUUUUAUUGAGUGAACAGAAAAUUCAAGGCAACCUUGAGGUGAACAUUGACUCUGAACACACUCGGAUGAAAGUGUUGAAAGUUCAAAAUUUACAUUUAUAUCUGAAAAUAGACACAUUUAAUAAUUUGAAAUAAGACUUUUUAUGCAACUUGUAUAAAUAUAUAUUUUACGUGACAUUAUGCAUUAUAGUAAAAUAUAUAUUAUAUAGUGUGUGUAUAGAUUUAACUAAGCUCAAUUUGUUGAAUCCAACGCCAAAAAGCUUGUGUAAUACCAGCUUAUAAUGGAUUGUUUGCCCACAUCAGUGUCCAUCUGUACACAAUUAUAAAGGAAAAGGUAACAGAUUGUGACAAACAUGUCUGUGCUCAGAGCUGUGCAUGAUUUUAAGCUGCAGUAAUAUAUACCGCCUCACUUUAAAAACAUAAAAACAACUGUGUCAACGCUCUUAAAACAAAUCCAGUGUUUAGUGUUGUGAUGCUUUGGCACAUUUUCUACACCAGUCUGUAGUCAGGUGUGCUGAAGAUGAACCUCAUGUAGGGAGGCAGGUGUGCAGGUGUGAGCAGAUGUUAAGUGUUCGGCAGGUCGAUGAACUGUGCGUCUGCUCACAGCCAAUCAUCUUUGUGUAAGUUCACUGCAGUAGACCAGCUUGCGGUCUGAUAAGCUUCCAAGAGUAAAAUGAAUCCAUAAUCUCACAUUUAUCUCA